AUAGCGACCCCGGUGCGGCCGGACAGAAUGUCAUACUUCAGCGGUUCACGGAGCGAGGCGAAACCCAGUCGGACUUCGGGCUUCGGCGAGGCCCUGCCAAAUUUUGGUGACGUGCGAUCGAAACUCUAUAAUAAACCCGACUUGAGUGAAAGAUUUAGAAACUUUUCUCCCGGUGCGAAAAAAUCAGCGGAAGAAAUUCUGAAAGAUCUCAAAGAACAAUUGAGGAGCGAAGGAGAUAUGUUUUUCAGUCAUUCGCCACCUGACUGGAGUUUUAACCCUAAGGCAUCAAUGUUUUCAAAGGCGGAGGACGGCGAGGACCUGGCCCGGCGCUGCAUGGGCGACCUGCGCGGACGCCACGGCAUGUUCCGCAUGCCUGACUGGAUGUCGGAGGACGAUGACAUGAGCGACCUUGCGCACCGCAUGUCGCACGCGCCGCACUUCGCCACCAUGGGCCGCCGCGGGGGCCCCUGGCGGGAGCGCCGAAGCUCGGGCGGGUCGGCUAUGAGCGCCACCUCCGAGGACGACUCCUGCGAUGCCGCGGCCACAGACAAGUCCUCGCAGUGCUCCGGUGGGUCCACCGAAGGCCCUGUGGCCUCACACGAAAUCCCCAUUCGGCUGGAGGCUCCGGCCCCGCCCUCUGCGUCUCGGCAGCAGCAGCAGGUAGAGAACGAGCCAGUUGCGCCGCUACGAACGAGCCACACCAGAAACGCCCCUCAGUACCCAGUCAGAACUACGUCCGCCGUCGACGCCUCGGACCACUCGAGGGACGUCCCUCGGAGCACGCGCUGCGCGUCCGCGCCUCCCGAGAUGGCUGAGCAGCCCCUGCAGUCACAGGCCAGCCAGGCGUCGCCGCAGCAGCAGCGGUUCGUGUCGAAGAUCAGCAUCACGCCCCAGGCUCCCCAGGGCCCCGGCGCCCCGCCGGCGAAGCCCGCGUCGCCGCUGCCCGCCAAGUUCAACACGAUCCCCAAGCCGUUCGUCCCAGCGAACAAGCCGCAGACACAGACGCCCGCCAGACGCCCCUCCAGCAGCAGCAGUCCCCGCGACAGUCAGGCCAAAGGCCGAGCGUCGUGCGCAACAUCCCCAUUUUCGUCGAGGGUCGUGACGGCCCUCUCGUCAGCGAGGAGAGCGGCACCCCGCCCAAGCCAACGCCGCAGUGGGGACAGCAGUGGCAGGCGAGCCCAAGCCUCCGCAGCCUGCUAAGGACCCGCGCCUGUCCCAGAUCGAGUCCGUGAAGGCGUCCGUGGACGAGUACCGCGCGAAGGUCGAGGCCUUCUCGGGCUCGAAAAAGAGCCGGGAGUUCCUGUACCUCGACGAGAUGCUCACCCGCGCCCUCCUGCAGCUCGACAACGUCGACCCCGACGGUCGAGACGACGUGCGACAGGCUCGUCGCGCCGUCAUCAAAGACAUCAACGCCGCGAUCUCGCUCCUGGAGUCCAAGGCGACCGAACCGGAGCAGGCGCAGAAGGAGAAGACGCCCACGCCUGCGGCUACGCAGGAGGCUGCGGCAGAGCUUAAAGUUAACCCGGAGGCAUCGGAAGAGAAUCGGACAACAGAGGAGAAAAAGGCAGCCGAACAGCAGAAGGUUGAAGAGAACGUAGGAUCUUCUGCAAAAGCAGAAGUUCCCCCAACGAAGGACACGGAGAAGAAAGCGGAGGAGGCGAAGGAGGUUGUCACAGAAACCCAGGAGGCGGCGGCUGUCUCCAUCGACAGCAAAACAGAGACUGAAGAGAAAAGUUCCACGUAGCUUCAAAUAAGGGAUUUUGUCCACUAGAGUUUACUGCAUCAUGUAUGUGUCCGGGUGAGUGGAUUUAAUAAAAUGAAAGAAUGAGGAAUGUCGUGUUGGUUCUCCCAGUGUGUAAUUGAAAAAAUUAAAAGAAGUACGAGAUUGAUGAGAAAUCAGACUUAAAAGUCAACACAUGUAACCCAAUUGCACAAGAUGAAUAUUUUCAUUGAUCAUAUGUGAAUUCAUAUAUCAUGGGAAUUUUAUUUGGCACAUAUUGAAUUAAUAAUAUCACAACUAGACAUUAGUUUAUAUGAUAGAAACUGGAAAGACAUUCGGAAAUACCUUAAGCGACGUAGCCCAGGAUGUUCCGGCACUCCUUGGCACGGCGCCCGGAAGGGCAGGGGCCUCCGCGGCCCUGAGUUAUUUUGGCACAAUGAGAGCUGAGAGAAGCACUGGCGGGUGGAAGUCCCAGAGCAGUGGAAGACCCAGUUACAUCACUGAUCAGCCCGAUGUG